GAGGCCUCCGCCGCCGCCCGGCCCUGCGCCCGGCCUCCCGCUCGCCCGGCGGAAUCCGCCCUCGGCCUCCACCGCCUCCUCAUUUUCCGCCGGGCCUACCGGUCCGCCCCGCCGCGGCGAUGUGCGACAAGGAGUUCAUGUGGGCCCUGAAGAACGGGGACUUGGAUGAGGUGAAGGACUACGUGGCCAAGGGAGAAGAUGUCAACCGGACACUAGAAGGUGGAAGGAAGCCUCUUCACUAUGCAGCAGACUGUGGACAGCUGGAAAUCUUGGAGUUUCUGCUGCUGAAAGGAGCAGAUAUUAAUGCUCCAGAUAAACAUCAUAUUACUCCUCUUCUGUCUGCUGUCUACGAGGGUCAUGUUUCCUGUGUGAAAUUGCUUCUUUCAAAGGGUGCUGAUAAAUCUGUGAAAGGUCCAGAUGGACUGACGGCCCUUGAAGCCACUGACAACCAGGCAAUCAAAGCUCUUCUCCAGUGAUGAAUGGAUGGACUGAUAACUCAGGACGAAUGACUCUCCUGUGGCCUCACACUGCUGCCUGUCUGUCUGUCACUCUAUCUGCCAGCUUCUUCAGCUAAAUACUUUCGAGAGUGGUGAGGGGAGAGAGAAAUUCAUAACAAAUCAAACUACCAGAAAAAAAAAACAAAACAAAACAUGUCUUGGAGGAGGGGGGAAAAUGAUCGGGCUUUUACUGGGAUUCCUGAUCGAGCCAACCUCUUUUCCAUUUCUAACAAAAUAUACAACUCAUGCCCAAGGGAGAGCCAAGACAGAGCAUUCCAGGCUCAUUUGACCCUUACAGCUCCCUAGCUAAUUUAUUAAUUAGAUUGUGUUGAAGGUCUAGUUAUACAAAGGCCAAUUCCACUUACUUGGUAGCCAUAGCUGCAAGCAGUCGUGGCUGCUGUGAUGUAAACUUAGGGUGCUGAGAUAAGCAAUUAGCUACAGCCUUCUGCCUUAAGAGUGCACUCUCCUGGGGAUCCUGGCUAGUUAAGAGCGCUGCCUGUGGUUGGUGACCAAACCUCUCCUCAGAGACUUUCAGCUCUAUGUGAAAGCUGGGUUAAGUGAGGAGGGGCAUAAUCCCAAAUUACUGGAUGAUUGAAUUUUGGAUUUUCUCUCCCCUUUCACAUGGAUUUCAUGUCUCUAGAUAAAACUGACUAGUUUUAUUUAUAAUACCUUAAAUUUUAGACGUCUGAAGGAGGAAUCAUUUCAGUAUGCAUAAUUUUUUUCUCCUGUAGGUUCAGACAUAGACAUUUAUGUAACAUUUAAAACACUUUCAUAUUCCUGCUGGUAGUAAAAGGAGGUUUAAUAAUAGAAUCAGGUUGGGGAUGUAGUUCAGUGGUAGAGCGCUGUCCUAGCAUAAGUAAGGCCCUAGGUUCAGUCCCUUGCACUGCAAGAAAACAAAACAAAAAACUCCUUGUCUAAAAUAGAACCAUAAUAGCCAUAAGUAGGUUAGUGUCAUAUAAAAACAGAACAGUUGUCUUAGUACCUAUGAAUUCUCUUCAUCUGCUUUUUGAGUGACUCGGCCUCAAAUUAUGUUUGGAGAAUCAAGAAACAUUCUUUGGAAUGUCUCUCUUAGACCCUUCUUGGACUCCGAUUACUUAAUGCACCAAAGCUAUCACGGGGGUGAGGUUUAUUGUUUGGAUAAAUGUAACCCCAUCUCUUUAAAAAUGUUCUUGUCACCAGGUUUCCCUGAGUUGUUGCUAGGCUUCUGCUGCAUAUAUGCCAAUCCACCUACAUAAUAUGCUUUGUAUCGUUUAUGAACAAUAGACUUUUUUUUGUUUCAUGAAUCGUGAAUUGUAUAAAGAGUAACAACUUCAUAAUCAAUUCUGUGUUCUUAAAAUACAGUGCCCUAAAAUGGUGUUCUUGGGACCUGCAGAAAAUUUAGACACAUCUCCAAAUACUAAAGUAGUAAAACUAAUUAAAACAUACAGUCUUAGAUUUGGUAUAUUGCAUUUCGAAUAUUAAGAUCUCUUUGCUUUGCCAUCCAUAUAAGCUUACUAGAAAUAGUAGGGAUUUCCCUUAGGCAACUAAUGCAAUAAUAAUUGAAUGUACCUCAAAUUUUUAAAGGGGUAGGGGUGGGCUAGGGACUUAUAUUUAGAUUAUGGAUAAUAAAAUUAAUGAUAUUUUUAAGGCAAUGUAGCAUUCUACAGCAGGGUUAAACUAUUAUCGAGAGCAGUCAGCCUGGGUAGUAAGUUUUAUUGAUCAGUUGCUGAUUGUGUGUGUGUGUUUGUGUGUGUGUGUGUGUGUGUGUGUGUGUGUGUGUUUCCCCAUGACUCCUUUUUUAUCCUGUGGCCUUUCAACUAAGCCCUGUAUUUUUCCUAUGUUCAAGAAAACAAUCACAAAACAAUGGUUUAAAUACUUUGAUAUAUUUGGCUAAUUCCUGCUGUCUUAACUGAACAUCCUGAUUAGAAAUGGAGGGCACACUCUGUAACUAUCAAAAAUAGUGCACCAGAGUGUUUUGAUAUCCUUGUUUCCACCUCUUGGUAUAAUGCUAUUUAAAAUGCCUGAACUUUCCACAGUUUUCACCUCUCUUUCCAGUGUAGUGUUGCAGUGGCUGCUACAGAGAGUGCACUGUCCUUUCAUUCCUGAACUGCUCUGUGUCCUGCAGUCAUUCUGGUAUCAAAACCACGUGAUUCUCCCUAUACUCAUGUUCCAUGUAAUGCAGUAGAGGCUAUUUUGCCUUCUUUCUUGGCUAUUUUGUAUACUCCAUAACUAUGAAGCAGUUGCUUGAGCAAACAACCUGUAGAAUAGGCUGACCAAGGUGGUUUACAGUGUUGUUGUUUUUUAACUAGGUUAUUUAUAUUGUAUUUCAGAACCACUUGGCAGAUAAAUCCAUAAACACUUUGAGUAAAGGAAGCUAAGAACCCGAUCUGCUUUUUGGUACUACAUGCAUCAGCAAAAGGUUUUGUUUUGUUCUUCACUGAAUUACUAUUUAACAUCUCAGAAAAAUAAAUAAAAUUUGCAUGUUCUGUAGUAUAGUAUUAAAUCAUUUUGUAUGCACUGUAGCAAGUACAAACAGGCAGUUUGCCGGUUUCCGGUAGUACUAACACACCCCUCUGCAGUUUCAGACUGGGAUCUGCAGAGUCCUAAUACCACACCCAGUUAGUUACCCAUAUAGUUCUGCUGUGCUCCACUCACCUGCUAGACCUAGCCUGGCCGGCACAGAGGAGUAGGAGGGAAGUGCAGUGUGUGAAAGCCACAAAAAUUGAUUUCUGUCCCCAGGUAAUAGAUUUAAAAUUUAUAUGUACUUAAUCAUAGAUUUUUGUUUUUAACUUCACCUGAGCUGCUGUUUCCAUCCAUGCAAUAUUGUAUACUCAACUGUGUAUAGAAGCUGGUAAGAGUGCCCUCCUACAUAAAUGAGCAGUUUGCAGUGUUUUGCAUGCAAAAUUUUAAAAAUUUAAAUCGUUCUGAUUCUAUUUUGUAAAUGGAGGAACAAUCAUAUCUUUCUAAGCAGUAACAGGAAGACUAGUGCUUUGUGCAUUUUGAUAUAUUUCAGUUUUUUUCCAUAUUGUCAUACUUUUGACACAAUUGAGUUUCUCAUAAGUAUCCUAGUUCAUGUACAUCCGAAUGCUAAAUAAUACUGUGUUUAAGUUUUGUGUUGCAAGAACAAAUGGAAUAAACUUGAAUUGUGCUACA